UAUUCAGUCACUUCACCGCUAAAUUAACCUCUUUAUCCAGAUUUACCUUAACUUUAUCUUACAAAAACUCUUAAGAGAUCUCGGGUCGUGAGAGAGAGGAUUUUUACCGCUACAGGCUAGUCUUUCUCCUCGGAAAAAAAAACUGUAAAAAUGAAAGGUUAACGAAUGAAAGCUCCUUGCGGUCGGUCGUCUUUGAGUGCCAAAAAUGACAAAAACAAACGUUGAAUCCAAUCCUGUGUCUAAUGCAGGCUCAUCCUAUCACGUACGGGACGGGCAGGAUAAAGACUAUGGAGACGGGAGCAGUCUCCAGCAGUCGGGACAGAUGACUUCAAAACAGCCUCCGAAAACCAACUUGACACCCAUACAGAGCAAAACUAAAGAGAUCAAUUCUACCAAAUCCAAGCGUGGAUCGUCUGGCACGGUAAACAGCCGCCGCGCAACAAAUGGUGCCAUCCAUAUGAAACAAGAGUCGAUAAAACGCCCCGAGAAAUCCAAUCAGUCAACCCGCAGAAGGAAUCGCAGUAAAUCGUCCGGGAGAAGGAAACUAUCGGAUGCAAGCAUUACUUCUGAUGAUGUGAGCAAGGACUCCGGGAAACUGUCUUCCACUGACAGCAGCUCUGAGAUCUCCGACUCACCGGAAGAACAUAAGCACUCCACUAAUGCGCAGUGUGGUGAGCCAGAGGUCAGCUACUGCGGGGCCGACGAAGAGAUGAUGAAUGAUUCAAUUGAGCAAAUAUCACGACAUAGAGACGAAGAUGGUGAGGAUAAAACCACCUUAUCCCCCGGCCUUGGAUUCGGAGAGGGAAGCAUCUCUCCUGGAGACCAGAGGUCUUACGUCUCUUUGGACAGUCGCUUGAACUUUAGGACAUCUCUGGCGUUUUCGGAUGUGGCAGGUGACUUAACUGAUGCGGUGCAUGAGGAUCUUAUGAGGGAGAUUGAAGAUCUAAGAUCAGAAAAUGAAUAUUUAAAGGACGAGAUGGAGGAGCUCCGCUCAGAGAUGCUGGAGAUGAGGGACAUAUACAUGGAGGAGGAUGUGUACCAGCUACAGGAGCUACGGCAACAGCUUGACCAGGCCAACAAGGCCUGUCGCAUCCUUCAGUACCGACUCAGGAAAGCAGAGAGACGGAGCCUUCGCAUAGCCCAGACGGGGCAGGUGGAUGGGGAGCUUAUCAGGACACUAGAAUAUGAUAUUAGGGUGGCAAAAAGUGUUUCCCUUCGUCUGCAUGGUGAACUCGAAGCCAUUCAGAAGAAAAAUUCCCAGCUUGAAUGGGAAAACCAGGAAUUGCGCGAGCGGUUGCAGAGUCUGGAAGUGGCGAAGCAGGUCUUGCAAACUGAGAUGGACAAAUCAAGAGAGAAUUCUCUGAAAAGGAGAAGUAUGAGAUCAACAUCCAGCAAGAGUGAUAAAAAACUCUUCCCACAGGAUGACAGUGCUGAUUUAAAAUGCCAGCUUCACUUUGCCAAAGAGGAGUCGGCACUGAUGUGCAAGAAGCUAUCUAAGAUGGCCAUGGAGUCUGAGAUGAUGCGCGACGAGCUCGCCAAGUACCGUCUGCUUUAUGGUGAGGUAGAUGAAAACAAGGCUAAAGCGGGCACCGUUAAUUCUUCCCACACCCGAGAAGCAGAGGCCAAAGUUCAUUUACGCCUGGUGGAGGAGGAGGCCACGCUCCUGAGUCGUCGGAUUGUGGAGCUAGAGGUGGAGAACCGUGGGUUGCGAGCGGAAAUGAGCGAACUGCCUGAGAAAGGAGGAGCAGGUCUGGAGGAAGACGAGUUGAUGAAGGUGGCAGGUGAAGGAUUGGCAUUGCCGACCAGCCCUGGUGAGCAGGGGGAGAUGGUGAGAGGUGGACAUCUGGAUGAUGGAGUGAAGACAAAUGAGAAUAUGCAAGUGGACCAGACAAAUUCAGAAGAGGAGCGCGUGGAGAACUCUUUCAUGAGUCACAUACGCAGAGAGGGGCCAAUCGGUGGGGAACAGGAGCUUUCUGAUGAGAGCAGAGACGAAGGAAAAGCUCAAUGUGCGCUUGGUGUGAAGGAUCUAGAAGGUCUUCUUGCCGUUCAUGAUCAAGCGCUGCUUGUCAGAUCAACCAUUCAGUUCCUGACAGCUCCGGCUAAAAAUGGUCUCUCAUCCGCAUGUACCCACAUGACCCCUCCUGGUUCCCCCUACCUGAACAAAACGGAGGUAGAUCCAAUAUGCGAGAAGCAUCAGUGGCUUCUGGACCCCAUGCUGAGUCCCCUGACCAAUGGACUGGAGGUGUUACAAGCCCAACUGCGUGCACUUGUAGAAAAGUUUGAGAUGCUGUUAAACUCCACGCCAGAGGGCCCAGCAGCUGAUCUGGAACAAGCCACGUUAGCUGAAGAGAAGGACACAGGGAAUCAAGCCAAACAGGGGCAUCCAGGUGUAGAAGAACAUUUUAUUCAUCCAAGAGUUCCUCAUAGCAACGGAUGUGAUCAGGAUAGUUUAGUCCUACUCACGCUGCAACUCAGAUGGUUCCUUCAGCAAUGGAGACAGGGAGAGAAACCCGCAGGAGAUGGCAAGAACAUGUUUGAGAUGUACUGUCCAAAUGAUCUUUGUCUUCUAACGGACACAGAGUCACUGGGAUGCAAGAACACACCACAAGAGAAGUGCAAAAGUCAGGUGAGCAGUGCUCUGUUGUCAGACCUAAGAGCAGUUCUGCAGAAUCUGUUCGAUGAACUUUUGGGAGAACACAGGGCGGCCCAACAUGUUACCCGUCAGUUUGCAAAUGCCAAAGCAGCUUGGGCUGUUGAAUGUGCGGAGCUCAAGAGCCUCAUAAGCAGACUCGAGGGUACAGCUGGGAAGGUGGAAGCAAGGGGUCCAUUAGACCAGAACACAGCUUUGCAAAAGGACCACAUUGAAAAACUUAAGCACUUGUUAGCGGAGUCUUACACUGCAGUUAUGGAUCUGACAAAACGUCUGAAGGUCCACGAGAGAAACUGGAGUUCUGAGCGGCAGGAACUCUUGCAACACUUGAAUCACAUGCGGCUGGAAUGUAAAGGUUCGAAGGCGACCAAACAAAAUAAGAAAAUACAGUCAGGUGGAUGCAGAAAGACAGAAAGUGUUGGAAACAUGCAGAGGAUGUCCCUCAAAACCGUCACGCCAAAAUCCAACAAGAACUGGAAGUAUCUCAGUCAAGAGGCUGCUCUUCUGGACCGGGAAGGUCCCUGCAAGACUUGGGACUGCCCUAUUAUGACUCCCAGUUUUCCUGGUCUGAAUCUAAGUGAAAAUUCAACUCAAAGAAGCCACACUGCUCCAGAGAGAACCAGCAUUCGUAUAUAUUACAGCCCCCCAUCAGCAAAAAGGAUCCAUAUGAGAUCUGUGAUGGCAGAAAUAGAGGAAGAUUGUGAGAAGAGCCAUGAACCACAUAUGAAUGCUGUUUCCUAUGGCCUCGUAAACCAAGAUUGGGUCAUGUCGUAUGAAACCUGGCUGAGGAGCUUGCCGUUUGACAGCCAGAGUUUAGUGGAGAGAGAUUCAGUCAAUAGCAUCAGUUCUCCAUUUUCUUUUGGGCUUCGAAACUCUAGUGUUGGGUCGCCGUCUCACUUGGUUUUCAGUCAUUUAGACGUCUCAGCCAACCUGAGUGACGACAUGAAGGAAAUCACCGCCAGCGUGCUGCAAACUUCUCAAUCGAGCUCUUUGGAAAGAAGAGCAAGGGAUUCUGGAAGCAGUGUCGUGAAUGUCGUCAGCAAAGGAACUCAAACUCAAUCCCAGCCACAGGUGACCACCGUUGGGCUACAAACAGAUGGCCCUCAAAACCUUUACGCUUCGAAGCACUGGUCACCCCGGGUGACCUCUUUUGUAUCUGCAAGAACCCAACAGGUUUCAGCUUCUUUGGACCGGGUACCCGGUCUGGCCGAACGGCUUCAGCCACACGCCGCCUCUCCAAAAAUCCAGCGCAGACAUUCUGCUUACACUCCUUUUUCCUCCAAGUCUUCCUCUUCCACAUCCUCUUUCACCACUUCCUCUCUGUCCUCCUCAUCUUCCCUAAGUUCCUCAUCCAGGCUGGAGUACGGAACUAAGGAACGUGGCCUGUGGACCGCGCCCCAACGUUGUUCCCCAGGUUCCGCAUGGACGCGUUCCACAACCUGCAGGUCAAGCUCGACAUCAGCGCCGGCCAGUGAUAAACCUGGAAGCCGGAAAAACGUAGGGAUUCAUAAGUACGGUCUAGUCCAGGAGUUUCUGCGCAAUGUGUGUGGUCGAGGAGAGAAGACCAACCCUGAAGAGGAGAAAGCGCCGGCAGCACGUAGGGAUAACAUCGGUCUGGUGGGUUCGAAGAAAUCCGAACAACCCCCCUCUCGUAUACCAGCGGUGCCAUUGGUCAGAAAUGACAGCAUCACCAAGAUUGUUAACCGCAGAUUUAUGAAACCGGGCCAAAAAGAAGAUUCAGUGUGCAGCCAAAUUAACAAGGGUUCAGUUAGCAAAAACAAGAGCUUGGAGGAUGGAGCUUGUGACUGCAGUUCACGCUCUCUGACCUCUUGCUUUACCCGACACUCGCACAAAAACAUCAAGCAUGGUCAGAACAAACCCCGCCCACGUGAAUACCUCCUAGCUGGUGGAAAAGGGGAACCUGUUGUUUAAUGAAGGGUGGAGUCAUCAUGUGAUCUGACAUCAUUGCACAGACUGCACAAGAUGAUUUAGGAAUAGGCAGGUUCAACAUGUCUUCCCCUCAUUCAUAAAUAUUUAUGAAUAUUUUAAUAUAUAUGUUAAAUAUUUUGUCUAAUUUGAUUGUGUCCAGCUAUUAAUAACAGUGUAUUACUCUCAGCUCUGUUGAAAAUAGUUUACCAUGUUUAAAUCCAUUCCACAGUAUUCAGCAUAUUUUUCCCAACAAUAAGCAAAGCAAAAUAUGAAAAUGAAGUCUAGCGUGAACCCUUAAUAUUAGUUAAUGACAUUAAAAUAAAUGUAACAUUGUAACAAAGAAACAAAUAGGGUUUUUACAGAUCUACUGGUGCUGUUAUUGUAUUGUAACUCUUCAUCAAUUCAAUGUUACCACUUUGUAAAGUUUUUAAUAGCAAGUUUUGAUAAAGGUACUUUGUUAAAUUAAAGAUAAUUAGGCAAGGUUUUUUUUAUCUAAAAACUAUUUAUUUGUGUCAAGACUUAUGUAGCUUUUUUAUGUAAAGUUUUAUCCACAAUACAUUGUGUGUAGAAAUCAUGUUUUUUUAGUAUUGUAUUAGAUGCCUAUGUAACAAGAUCUGUAUUUAAUAGAUGCAAACAUCAGUUGCUUGGGGCCAAGCAUCUUAAACAGAGAGUGAUUUCUG